CUAGUUAAGCAAGGCUUAGUUCCUACUCCAGCCGUCUCAUGGCGUGAUGGUCUGCGGGUGGACUUCAGUUGUGCCGCGACCACAGACCGCGCUGCACGUUUCUUUGCCAGUGUUCUGUGUGCCGGUGACUGCAGCAAGCGCGAGCGCAAGAAUCUGCCAAGAGAUUUCGGAGAGCGGUUGGCGACUCGCUCCAAACGACACGUGAGUUGCAGUUUGCUCAUUACAUUUCAGUUCAUCAUGAUAUGCUUGCGAUUGAGUUUUAUACAUAACAACAAU